UUGUCGAGCGAAGGGGCACAUGGUCAGCCUGCUCCUACUGGCCAGAUUCACGCUAAGCAACCUUGGAAAGCUCGCCGCGGCUUAUCCGUGCACUCGAGGGAGCGACCCGCCAAUUUAUCAAUUAUUUGUCCUCAGGACCUGACAAUCCCCAUCUCCCUCGCCCGGUCCUCUCCCUCCACUUUCGCCUUCCUGUCGCAUUCCAUCGACUGGAAUUUCGACUCCAAUUGAACGUCAACAUGGCUGAACUCGCGACCCCCUCCGCUGCCCAGGUGGCUACCGCCGAUGCGACUGCCCCCCAGGACAAGCAGCAGAUUGUUCGCCCCGAAAAGCCGGAUGACGACAAGUACAAGGAGGACCUUGCCAAGGCAGAGAAGGAGCACCAGGCUGCGCAGGAAAAGCUGAAUGCCGCCAAAGCUAAGCUCGACACCGCCCGCCCGAACAACAAGGACUCUCCCAACGCAAAGCGCCAGCAGGAGCUCAAGACCGAGUUGAACGCCAUUCGCCAGGCCCAGCAGGGGAACAAGACCGGUCGCAAUGCCAUCUUCGAGAAAAUGAAGAAGCUUGACGAGCAGCUCAAGUCCCGCUUGAACGAACUCAAGACGAACAAGAGCCGUGUCAACUUCAAGUCCGUCGAAGAUGUUGACCAAGAGAUCGCGCGUCUCCAGAAGCAGGUCGACUCUGGUAUGAUGAAGCUGGUGGAAGAGAAGAAGGCUCUUUCCGAGAUCUCCUCGCUCCACAAGGCGCGCAAGAACUUCUCUGGCUUCGAUGCACAGCAGAAGUCUAUCGACGAUCUCAAGAACCAGAUUGCUGAACAGAAGAAGCAGCUCGACGACCCUGAGCAAAAGGCGUUGAGCGAAAAGUAUACAAAACUCCAGACCGAGCUGGAUGGCCUGAAGGCUGAGCAGGACGAGGCUUUCAAGAGCCUCAAGGCUCUCCGUGAAGCCACUGACAAGGCCCGUGCUGAGCAGCAGGAGAAGUAUGUCGCCAGGAAGGAGUUGAAGGACAAGUACUUCCAGCAGAAGCGUGCAUACCAGGAAUAUGAUUUCCAGGCCCGCAAGGCUCGCAACGAGCGCCGAAAGCAGGAGCAGGUUUCUUACCUGGCCGGCAAGCGUAAGCAGGCCGCCGAGCAGCGCCUAGAGGAGGCCAGCGCACCUGCAUACCAGGACGAGAUCUACGCUACCGAGGGUCUGAUCCGCCACUUCGACCCGUCUGCUCUGCCUGCCAAGGAAGUCGCAUCGACUAACAAGUUCGCUGCCUCGGCACAGCGUACCGUCGACGACUCUGGUAUCAAGGGCACUCGUAUUUCAAAGAAGGAUACCGAAGAGGAGAGUUAUUUCACUGGUACUGGUGGCAAGAAGGGCAAGAAGGGUGGCAAGAAGGGAGGUGCUGCCCCGGUCGCUUCUAAGUUCAACUUGAACAUCGGCAUCAUUGAGGAGCUUGCCAAGGUUGGCGUUGAUGCACCUUCAAGCCAAGCUGAUGUUCCUGCCACUGUCGAAAAGCUGAAUGAGAAACUCGCGUACUGGAAGAAGGACCAAGAACGCAAGACUAACGAGAACGUCGAGAAGGCUAAGAAGGAGAUUGCACGCCUCGAGGCUGAGGAGGAUGCCGCCGAAGGCACAGCCGACAAGCCCGCGCAGAAGAGCCAGGCUGUCAACGGCUCCGCUUCCCCAUCUGCUGAGCCCGCAAAGGAGAACGGCGCUGCUACCGAUGUUGCCGAGGACCUCAAGAAGGCCUCCAUUGAGGACAAGGAGGCCACUGAGGCAUAGAGCGCUUCUGUCCAUCAAUCUGUCCAACUUGCUUGUCAUUGAAAAAGUACGGCGAUCUGUUCGAGAUCUAUCACGGCCAUUGGUUCGGCAUCUUACUCUUUUUAGCUCCAAUUGUUUUCUCCAACAUGGCUCAUGUGACAACAGCGGCAUAGCAUAAGGUCUAGAUUAUGCGCAGUGUGCUAUACGCUCUUCGAUUCUGUGUAGAAACACUGGGCGUUUAGAUCGUAAUAUAUCCCCUUAAUGUUC